AUACCGGAAUUUAAGAACGAAUUGGAAAACGACUGCAUUAUCCAAUUUUUCAUUCUAACUUCUAAAAACACCAUUUUAUAUGCACUCGAACUAGCUUGACAUUAUUUGUAAUCCACCAAGCAAAGUAUCCCUAGCUACUUCUAGAGAUGCUAACACGGUCUGGCUGCAACUGAUUACUUCCAUAGUCACGUGAUCUAACAUCGCGGUCGAUAUUCUCAACUUCAUCUCGACUUACUUUCAGCUAUCUUUCCACCACACGAUGAGUGCUCCCAACAAGGCGUGGUCCUCGAUUUCCACCGAACUUGUCCACAAUCCCGACAAUCUCCAACUAUGGCAAGACUUGGUCAAGGAAGCGGAAUCAAAUAACAAGAAAGGCAUCAACAAAUCAACUCCACCAGAGGAGAUCCAGCUCUUGAGAACCACUUAUCAGAAUAUCCUCGACAAGUACCCGUUACUCUUCAAGUAUUGGAUCAAAUACGCUUCCUGGGAGUUUAAAUUGGGUCAUAUCGACCGCGCAGAGGCCAUCUAUCGCUCCAGCAUGGUGCAUUUAUCCUAUUGCAUCGACCUUUGGGUGACCUACUUGCAGUUCAAAAUCGAUACCAAUCACAACAAGGACGAAAUUCUAACCCUCUUUGAAACGGCCAGGCGGAAGAUCGGUUAUCAUUUUCAUAGUUACGAGUUCUACGACUUGUAUUUAUCAUUUCUCAAGAACUGUAAGAACGAGUCCAACGGGUUCCACCUCAAAUAUCAUGUGUUAUUGAGAAUCAUCAUCGAAUUACCCAUCUAUCACUACGAACACUUUUUCAAGAAAAUAAUGAGUAUACUUGCCAGCUUGAAUGGUGCUGAUUUGCAUUUGAUGAUUCCGCAAAAGGAAUUGUCCUCCAUCAGAAACCCCAAGAAUGCCGUCAAUCAACUCAAGAAGAUGUUCAUUGACGUAUACAUAACCACCCAGUACAAAGUAUAUGAGCUUUUCAAGUUUGAGAGAAAAUUGACCAAGCCUUAUUUUGAUUUAAAUUACAUCUCUCGACAACAAUUAGAAGCAUGGAACUCAUACUUGAACUUCUUACAGUCUAGAGACUACCCUAGGGAUUACGUCAUUUUCAACUUCGAGAGAUGCUUGUUGGCAACGGCGUUGUAUUCGGACUUCUGGACGAAGUAUGCAAAUUUCGAAAUCAAUGAUGGAAACUUGGAAAGGGCUGUCGAGAUAUUAUCACGAGGAUUCAGCAUGAAUGGAGAUUACCAGCUUUUGAUUGAGUUAGUGGAUCUUCACAUUUACAUGAAACAGUGGAUACGGGCUAGAGAUCUCAUUUUGGCAUAUGUCAAGAAUACAGUCUCUGUGCCUAUUCCCAUUUACGAAAAGUUAAUACAGUUGGAAAGAAUAAUAAAUCCCCGGGAUGAUGCAUACUUGAUAAAAAUAUUCAAAGAAUUAAUACUUGAAACCAAUCAGGAUUGGUGGUUCAACCAGCUCUUAUUGUUCGACGUCAACAAUGAGCAGAAACUUGAAUUAUUCAAUGAAUUUAAGGAAAGAUUUGAAGAUUCCCCAAUAUUCAAGUCGUCACUGAGAAGACUAAAGCGUUUGAUGGGAGUGAUAGACACAGAGCAACUGAGGGAUUUUGAUGAAGAAUUGAAUGGAUACUUGUAAAGGCUACCUUUCCAAAUAAAAGUUCAUACCCGUGAUCAAGAAAUACCACCCGAGAGCGAAUGCUCCUGCUCUUUUAUCAAAUACCCAGUCAUUCAAUGGUAGGUAUAUUAGAUAGAAUGCAACAAUGACCGUCAAGGCCAAAGUGCUGAUUACCACAUCGAGCUUGAGUGUGAACUCCAAAGGUGCACGGGUGCCGCUCUUCAAUAUAGUGACGAACCCAUUGACCCCAAUACCUAAUAAAAUCAUUAGUAUUGGGGUUCCCAAACAUGCAUUAAUACCUAAAAUUGGUUCAAUUUUGGUGGAGAUGGUGAUAUUGGUUAUGAUAUCAGUGAUUGAAUUACUGAUAGAGAAAACAAGCAAUCCAAGUAAAUAGUCCGA